UUCCGCUUCCGCAGCGCCCACGAGCCCGCCCGGGCGAGGCCAGUUUUGAGCGGCCGGACCGGCGGCGGUUUUUUUGAAUGGUACAAGUUUUUAUAAACGUUUACAUGAAGCAAGAAGAGGAGAGAUGGCAUCUACAAAACAAAAGAUGAGCAAGAAUAAGGAUGAUGCUCCUUAUGAGUUGGAGAGCCAGUUCAUACUGCGAUUGCCUCCGGAAUAUGCUUCUACUGUGCGAAGGGCUGUUCAGUCCGGAAGUGUCAACUUGAAGGACAGGCUCACCAUUGAAUUGCAUUCAGAUGGCCGUCAUGGGAUUGUGCGAGUGGACCGUGUCCCAUUAGCUGCCAAGCUGGUGGACUUGCCCUGCAUUAUCGAAAGCUUAAAAACCAUCGAUAAGAAAACGUUCUAUAAAACUGCAGAUAUUUGCCAGAUGCUUGUCUGCACUGUGGGUGGGGAACUGUACCCUGCUAUGGAAGAGCCAGCUACAGGUACUGACCCCAAGGGUACUGACCCCAAGGGUGCUGACCCCAAAGGAGCUGAUUCCAAGAGUGCCGAUUCUAAAGCCAACAAGAAGAAGGACAAGGACAGGGAGAAGAAGUUCAUCUGGAAUCAUGGCAUUACUCUCCCACUGAAGAAUGUGAGGAAGAGGCGGUUUAGAAAGACAGCCAAGAAGAAGGCCCAGUAUAUUGAGUCUCCAGAUGUGGAGAAGGAAGUGAAACGCCUGCUGAGCACAGAUGCUGAAGCUGUCAGUGUCCGAUGGGAAGUCAUUGCCGAAGAUGAAACAAAAGAACCUGACAACCAUGGGUCCCUUGCCGGCCUGGAUAUUUCCUCUCCUGGGAUGUCUGGGCACAAGCAAAGCCAUGACCCAUCAGUAGUACGCGCUGAACUCCGGAAGUUAUUUAACGAUGUCAGCAGCACCAGCAGCAGCAGCGAUGAAGAUGAGAAAGAUCACCAUGACGAUGAAGAUUUGAACAUUAUGGACACAGAAGAAGACCUGAAGAGGAGGCUGCAGGGCAAGCUGAGUGAAUCAGAUGGGCAGCAGCAAGAAAAUGAAGGGAGCAACCAGAUAGUCAUGGGAAUCCAGAAGCAGAUUGACAACCUGAAAGGCAAGCUGCAGGAAACCCAGGACCGCCGGAAACGCCAAGAGGAUCUUAUCAUGAAAGUAGAGAAUCUGGCACUCAAGACCCGCCUCCAAGCUGUGCUGGAUGAGUUCAAACAGCAAGAGGAGAGAGAGAAGCAGCAGCUGGCCUCUCUUCAAGAGCAGCUCGAAUCCCUUAUGGAGAAAUGAGGACGUGCCUGAAGCUCCACACUGCACUGCUGUUAUGUCAACUGAGAAGUUCCAGAGUCUUCCUUUUUUAUGCCAACUCUUUAAAUCUGCCGGUGCAGACUUCCUUGGUUCAAGGACUGACAACGUGAUCCCUGCUGGUAUCAAACUCAACAGGCUCGGAAAUGCGUAUAGGAAAGACAAAUAUUUUGGAAGUAAAAAUUUUCCUAGUGUCCAUUCUGAAGGCCUCUCUGCAGCAUCCUUGGUUGCUAGAGAUACCUGCAUCUUUUUCACUUUCUGAUGGGCCUGCAUGCAAAAACGGGUUUUUAGAGAUGGUUCUGCUCAAAAAGCUGCAUGAAAUGAGUUCUUAUCUUAAAGCUGGAGCCAUGGCCUUUUCUAGAGGCUGCCUCUUUCCAUUACCUGCAAGCAUUGCUUGUGAACAGGAAGAAAACACUGUUCCUAUUCUAAUGUACUUAUUUCUGUUGUCUGUGAAAGGUAGCCUCAGAAUAAUAAAAGUAAUUGAAAUGGCA